AUGACUAAUAGCAAGAUAGUAUAUUGGUGGUUGUUGAUUUUGUUCAUAGCAAAUGGAUGGUUGUGUUGUUAUUGUUGUUGGAAUGAAGAAAGGACUGCUUUGUUGCAACUCAAGGCAAACAUAAACUACAGUAGACGCAAUGAUUAUUUGUCAUCGUGGAGAGCUAAUGAAACGUCGGAUUGUUGUCAAUGGGAGGGAAUUGUUUGCAGCAACACCACCAGAAGAGUCAUAGAGUUGUCCAUUAUUGCUAAGAAAAUUAGUCAAGAACAACAACCUUUUACUCUUAAUAGUUCAAGUUUCGAGAAACUGAGACGAUUGAGGAAACUAGAAACACUUGACUUGUCAGGGAAUCAGUUCAACCGUAGCAUCUUUCAGUCUCUUAGUCUGCUUUCAUCUCUCAAGUCAUUGAACCUCUCAAGUAACAACAUUGCAUCACGUUCCGAGAUAUGGUUCACAUACAACAAAACUGGAUCAGGUUCUGAGAGAUUGUCAGGGUUAGACAAGCUGGAAAUCCUAGAUUUGAGCUAUAACAAUCUAGAGGAUGAAAAUGUUCUCUCUGCUCUAGAGCUAAAUACAACUAGAAUGACAUUGAAGAAGCUCGAUAUAAGAUACAACAGAUUCCAGAGUUUUAUACCAAAUGAAGAGUUGGGAGCUUUAAGAAAUAUAGAGUACUUACUGUUGGAUGGAAACACAUUGGAUGAGAACUUUCUCAGGAGCAGUGGUGUAAUGUCAUCGCUUAAAGUAUUAUCAGUAGCUCAAUGCAACCUCAAUGGAACUCUACCACUUCAAGGCUUGUGUGAUCUAAGAUACCUUGAAGAACUAAGUCUCAGCAGAAAUAGCAUCAUUGGAAAACUCCCUACAUGUCUUGGAAACUUAACAUCUCUUCGGGUAAUUGAUCUCACUCAAAAUCAGUUUACUGGAAACAUUGCCUCAUCUCCACUUUCAAGUCUCUUCUCCCUUGAAUACCUCUUGAUAGCAAACAACAACUUUGAAGUACCAAUUUCAUUCGAGUCAUUUGCUAACCAUUCAAAACUUAACUUUGUCAUUGCUGACUACAACUCGGUAAUUGUACGAACUGCUUCUAAUAGUUGGAUCCCAAAGUUUCAAUUAGAAGCCUUAUCCUUAUUCAACUGCUCUCAAAUGCCAAAUUUUCUUCAUUCUCAACAUCAUUUGAGACUUCUUCGUCUCUCGAAAUGCAACAUUGGUGGAGACUUUCCAAAUUGGUUAUUAGAAAACAAUCCUAAACUUGGAGAAGUUUACUUGGAUGGAAAUGCAUUCACUGGAUCUCUUCAAUUGCCGUUCCUUCCUAAUCUGAAAGCUUUGGAUAUCUCAAACAACAAGAUUCAAGGGAAACUUCCUCCUAACAUUGGGUCCAUUUUCCCAAAUCUCGUGAUAUCGACAAUGUCCAACAAUAUGCUUGAAGGCUUGUUGCCUUCAAGUUUUGCUGACAUGAAAAAACUUGAAUGCUUGGAUUUGUCAUACAAUAAGUUAAAAGGAGACCUACCUACUGGAUUGGCUCAUAAAGGAUCCAAGUUAAAUUUUCUGAGAUUGUCGAAUAACAUGUUGAAAGGGGAAAUAUUUUCCAUUUCAGAUAACCUCAACAAUUUAGAAUAUUUAUACUUGGAUGGGAACAACUUCUCAGGCCCAAUCCCGCAGAAGUUAUCCACUGUUCCUUUACGUACAUUGGACUUAAGUAACAACAAAUUGUCAGGAAACAUACCGUCCUGGCUUGGUAAUAUCUCCUCCUUAAUCUACCUUGCAUUGUCCAAAAACCAUCUAAAGGGUCAUAUUCCACCUGAUUAUUGUAGACUAGAAGGACUUGAGGUGUUAGAUAUCUCUGAAAAUAGCCUUGUUGGUGUGAUUCCAUCAUGUUUCAGUAGUUUUCGAGACUUAAAACGUGUGUAUUUGAGCAAAAACAAGUUACAAGGGGAAUUCAACAUGUUCUCAAACUCAGAUUUAAAAGUGUUGGAUCUCGGAGAUAACAACUUCAGUGGUUCCAUUCCAAAAUGGUUGGGCAGUAGUCUUGAGAUAACCACCUUACUUCUGAAAGGAAAUUAUCUUCAAGGCACCAUUCCCACAGAAUUGUGUCACGCAAGUGAACUGAGAAUUAUGGAUCUUUCUCAUAAUAAUCUCUCCGGACCUAUUCCUCGUUGCUUUGGGAACAUAAUGCAACAAGAAGAUAUCUUAGAAAUAUACCCAUACAGUUCAUCAUUUGGAUAUCCAGCAUUCCAGACGUUUGGAGGAGAUGCUGAGAUAGAUGUAGGAUUCUCAAUCACCUCAUCAUCGACAAUCUUCUUCCUAGAUAACUAUGCAUGGGUUGGAGCAGAGUUUAUGACGAAACACAAUACAUAUUCCUAUGAAGGUAGCAUUGUUGAUGAGAUGUUCGGAAUUGAUCUUUCUUGCAACCAGUUAAGUGGUCAAAUACCUAAGGAGCUCAGUAAUCUUACUCAAAUUCGUGCUCUAAACUUGUCACAUAACCACAUAACUGGAACAAUACUAUCAGCAUUCUCGAAACUCCUGAAUAUAGAGAGUUUGGACUUGUCAUACAACAACUUGACUGGGAGUAUUCCCACUCAACUUCUAGAUUUGACAUCUCUAGCAGUGUUUAGCGUGGCACACAAUAAUUUAACAGGUAUGACUCCACAGCGUAUUGCACAGUUUGGAACUUUUAAUGAAAGCAGUUAUGAGGGAAAUCCUUUUCUUUGUGGUCUUCCAUUACAUAAAAAUUGCAAUAUGGAGACUAAAGAGAUACCAAUAUCACCUCUUGGACCAGAAUGUUGCGAAGACGAUACUGGCUUUCUAGAAAUGGAGUCAUUCUAUAUCUCCUUUCUUGUGUCAUAUGCAAAUUUGGUGCUCGUAACGGUUGUAGUCCUCUGGAUAAACCCCUACUGGAGAAAUGUUUGGUUUUAUUAUCUUGAGUCUUACAUGUAUUCUUGCAACAACUUUUUUGCUUCCAAAAUGUAAACCUUACAUAUGAAGGUUACUUUCAAGUAAAUCAUACACACGAGUUCUGUUC